CAAUGCGCUUGUCGCGUGUGCACAACACAGACAAUUAUUACACAUCGUAUUACACGGUCGGUGCGCGCUUUAAAAAUAAUAUUAAUCUAUAGAUAUGCUGUGACUGGCGACUAAAAAUAUAUAUUAUAAAAAAUUACAUUCAAAUUUGGAAGGUCGUUAAAUUAUUGCUGAAAAUUUCCUUUGAAUGCAGUGACUUGAUUUCCAGUCUCAGUUUCUCUUCUUUUGACAAGGCGACACGGACAUUUCCAGCGACAACUAACAUAUUUGGACAGAACUCAGAAUGACUAGUAUGGCGAACUGGAAGGAAAAAGCGCCGGAUAAUUUUUAUGCAUGCUGUACGGCUGCUCUGAGGGUAGGAAACGAAAAGCCGGAAGAGUUCGCGAGGUCAUGGCUGCCACUAAGCCCGUUGUGGUGGCGCGUGAUGAUAUUUACGUGGACAGCCGCUAUCACUACGUGGUCACUGAUUUCCUUCUGGGGACCUCGAGAAAUGUUUCUGCUGUAUAUGACGCAUUGGGGCCUAGUAAUGAUCCUCUUAGAGUCACUAUUUGGUAUCAUUGUCUGCUUGAAGUCACAAAAGGAAUUGGAACCAGAUAAAACCGACGGCUUGCCCUGGUACGUGAAGACGUAUUGGGUUCUGUACAACAUCACUGUCCCUCUUGCGUUCCUCAUAUCACUCUUCUACUGGUCUAUUCUACAAACUUUUGCUGGAAAGAAGAUGAACUACGCUCCAAACCCGGUUCUGGACAUCAUGCUUCACGGAGUCAACUCUGGCAUGAUGCUGAUUGAACUGGUGCUGUCCUCGCAUCCCAGCAGAGUUCUUCACGUCAUGCAGCCCUUAUACUUCAGCGGGGUGUAUCUUCUCUUCACUGUAGCACACUUUCUGCUUGGAGGAGAGGACCCAUGGGGCAACGCCUUCAUAUACCCGGUUAUUAACUGGGCGAAGCCAUUGGAGACUUUAGCAAUGUUGACAAUAACAGCCUUGUUCUUCGCUUUGAUGCAUCUCAUCACCGUUGGCAUAGCAACAGCUCGAGAUGCCAUCGUGGAUAAAUAUAACUCCAGGAAUAACGUAAAAUACAACGACGCCUUCGAACCGUAAUUUUGUAAGGCAAUUUGUGUUAUUUGAAAUUUAUAUUGUCCAUUUUAAGUAUUAACUGUUGUGAAUCGAGGUUUGAAGGUUGUCUAAGGGUUUUUUUUUCAUAAUUUGACUGACUGACAUAGUUUCUACUAUAUUUAAACAACUCAAGUCUGACUUGAGCAGUCUUGAUGAAAAUUUGUUGGAUAGAACAUGUAAUCUGACAAAUAAUAGGCUAUAGCAAUAAAGUAAGACAAAAGAUAAUGGUAACGCAAACCGUUCAAGCUCACGUCAAAUAUUUUUAUUUCAAAUUGGAUUUUGGAAAUCACUUGUCAUUCGUAUUUAUUUUGUACAUUUGUAUUUAUUAUCAGUAAUAUUAAUUGCCUUUUUUAUAUUACUCAAAAUUGUGUGUUAUAGAAGUUAUUAUUAUGAAAUAAAUUUGUGUAAUGUGUUAUUUUAGGUUAAAUACUUAAUUUAAGAUUGCUCUUGUAUAAAUGUUACAAACACAAAUUAGAUAAUCUGUGAUUUUAAAAUUAAAACCGUUAUGUUGGAUUCAAAGGGUUUAGAUUUAAAAAUAGCGUUAUUUUAGGUUUUAAGUGUGAGAUUGAUGUAUUAUAAUUGCCAUGAUAUAAAUGAAUAACGAUGAA